GCGCCGCCACAACAAAGAUGGCGCCUCGGUGUCCCAUGUGACGUCACGCAGGCAGCUGCACCAAUCAGCGUGCUCGUUUCGGGCAGUGCGUCUUUCCGGGUCCGGUGUGUACUGUUUGCGGCGCGGACACCGAGCUGGGUCGGAACUGACCCGAGAAGGCACACCGUGGAGGGGAUGUGAUCGUACAGCCCCACCCACAGAGUGAUGGUCUCAAGGCCCGGCUGACGGACUGCACCAUGCAGACCCUAGUAUUUCUCUGCGCCCAGAGGGUGGUAUCUGAUCACUCCUCCAUCCGGAGGGCAUUGGACUUCACCCCCGAAGAGCUGUACCCAGUGCUGUUCAAGGCUGCUUUCCUGGGCAAGAAGACCCUGGUGCUCCAGGACCUGGUGCAGCAAUGGCCGUUCUCGGUGCUGAGCUUCCAGAGACUGCUGCACGGCGACAGAGACGGCGGCGGCCCAGGCCAGCUACGGGAGAGUCCCAGCAAGCUGUGUGUGCAGGCGGUGAUACUGGGCGUCAUGGCCUGCCUGACGGAGGCGCUGGCCAGGGAGGAGCGGAGUCCUGCCGGGAAGAGGAGACUGCGGCUCCUGGAUAUGACGGGAACGCACGGCGAUGGUCUGGAACAGGGUCCGGAUACCAUGAGCCUGUGGUCGCGGACGGUGACGCUGGCCAAGGCCUGCAUCGACAGCUCCAAACGCUGCUGCGAUGAAACGGCGCAAGUGUCGAAGCGCAGGAGGGGACACGGCGAUGCAGCUCACGCACCUCAGCCUGCUCACGACUCUGUCUACGUCCAGGUGCGAGUGGACCUCUUUGUCAACAGCACAUCCUACGGCGUCCUGCGGGAGGCGCUGCUGGUAAGCUCGCACAGCCCCUUACGCUUGCAGUGCAGGGAUCUCCGAGCGGAGGAGCUGUCUCUUCGAAGCACUGUAGGGUUACUGGAACUCUUGAAUCCUGCGGGGGUCCGGCAGAUAGACCUGAGGUUCAAUAAUUUGGGGCUCACCGGCUUGAAUGUUCUGCUCCUGUACAUGGCCAAGUUUACCAGCCUGCAGAGCCUGAAGUUACCGUACAGCAACGUAGACGUCCGACGCCUCUCGCCGGACACUGAGAUAGCCAUGCAGAACUUUGCCUCUCUGAUCGGAGAGCUGUCCUCUCUGAAGGAGCUGAAUCUGGGCUCUUCCCGGCUCUCCGGCCGCCUACGCCAGCUGCUGGGAGGUCUGCAGACGCCGCUGGAGAGCUUGGAACUGGCCUUCUGUUAUCUUCUCCCCGUAGACCUCUACUAUCUCUCUCAGAGCAUCCACGUCUCCACGCUCAAGAAAUUGGAUUUCAGUGGGAACAACCUGUCGGAGCUCCUCCUGCAGCCCUUCCAGCAGCUCCUCAGCACGGUCUCUGCCUCCCUCCUCCACCUGGACAUUAUGGAGUGCAAGCUGACUGAUGCCACCCUCUCCACGUUCCUGCCCACACUCUGCCGCUGUUCCCGUCUCCGUUACCUCGGACUGUUCUGUAAUCCCAUAUCUUCUCAGGGCCUGAAGACCCUCCUGCAGAACUGCGUGCACAUGCCGGAGUUACAGCUGGUGGUCUACCCGUUCCCGCUGGACUGUUGCACCUUGCCCUGGCCGGUCUCCUCUGCCUCGCUGUUGGACAGCUUGUUUGACCAGGAGAAGCUUGUGCGGGUUGGGGCAGAACUGCAAGAACUGCUGGUGAGAGCGGAGAGGACGGACAUUGUGUGGACGACAGAUAUGUGCAUGCACCGCGCUUUGGAUUACUUGAAUCUAUAGCAGCGCUGGAAGGACGGGUUCAUUCAUUCCGGAGAGCCGCAUCUGGCUACUGUCUCCGUUCCCCAAAACGUAUGCAAGGGAGUCGGGCACAAGGUCCUAAGUUAGGACGGAACUGCGGCCUUAGCUAGUGCUAGUGCCAAGAUGAACAUGUAUGUUGUGCAGAACUGAGCUGGUGUCGGACCAGCUGCUUACUCUCCAUGUUUACACAUAAUAACCAAUCAACGUGUAGUCCUAAGUACGUGUUUGUUUAAUGUUAUACCACAUGAUUAAAGAAUGGCUAUUGUCAGCAUUAGCCGGAUUUCAAGUACA